AUACAAUCUCUACCCAUUAACACAACACACAACAACCAUUCUCUAAGGAUUAUUCCUCUUAUAAUGGGAAAUGCAGUAGUGACAUCAUGUUUUCAACCAAAAAAUUCAUCGUUAUCAUCAUCAUUAUCAUCGAAACUUAUAUUUUGGGAUGGCACCAUGAGAUCUCUAACGGGUAAGAACAUUGCUGGUGAGAUCAUGUUUGAAUUUCCAGACAAAGUAGUUUGCCAUGCAGAUUCCUUCUUCAUUGGACACCCAAUUCCUGCUUUAGCCUUAGAUGAUGAACUCAUGCCAGGUGAAGACUAUUUUGUUCUUCCCAUUGAUAGCUUCACAUGCAAAACCCUUUCCGUGUCUUCACUCUUGUCCUUGGGAUCACACCCCAACAAGGCUACUAUCAAAGUUGGGGAGUGCCCUUUUGAGUAUUUGAAAGGUUCCAAUGGAAGGGUGUUGAUUAAGGUCAUGCCCGAGUUCAUCACAAGGCUCAUCACUAGAGGUAAAGGACCAUGUUGCCCCGACAGCAAUAACAACUUCCUUUGCAGCACUCCCGAGUUGAAAAAACAUUAUCAAAUGCUUGUGAAGUCUAAGGACCAGGUUUGGUCACCUAAGCUUGAAACAAUUUCGGAACACAAGGUUAGGUUUUCACCGUGUAGAUUCAUAGGUUUAGAGUGGAAAGAAAAAGAGAAGGCAGAAGUUGAGUCUGCUAGAUAGUAGUUUUCAUGGAUUAAUGUAGAAUUGUAGAUUAUACACUUCAAAUUUGUAUACUGAUAUUGAACAUACAUAUAUAUUAUUGCCUCAGUAUUAAUAGUGACGUUAAUUUCUUCUGCUCAUAAUUUUGUGGAUUGUAUCAAUAUGAUGACAUUUGUUUUGGAAAGU